CUUUACUAUCCCACUUGUUUUUACUAACUAGCUUGCUGGUAACGUUAACCAAUAAAGCUGUAGCAUACUUGGAAUACUUGUUACGCGACUGAUGUUUUGCAAACAGUAGCGUUCCUUACGCAAAGUGGAUAAUUAUUUUCUCCUACUCUCCUAAUAAUAUCGUGAAGCCUCUGCUGGCCUUGACUGACGUGAGUGGCAAGACGUCAUCAGCACUGAAGUAAAAGUGUUCUAAAACCAACUGUCUUAUGACGACUUGCAACGUUCAAUUCACACUGCUGCAACUUCUAUCUACAACGGUUUUGUUACGUUGCAUUGUGAAUCUUUGUUCUGAAUUGGCUUUUCAAGGCUGACAAGGCUUUAUACACAUACCUGACAAGAAUGAGGUCAACGGGGACUGGAGGGAAUGAUCUAUGAUGCAAAAAGAAAUGCAUAGGAAAUUAAUGUAAUUGUGUUAAACUUUUAAACAGUACAGUUCAUGAUACAUAUACAGUGUGAAACAGUACAGGACUAGGCCUAGGUUUUGUGCAGGUAAAGAAGAAGAUGGGAAUUUGUAAAUUCAUCUUAAAUCAAAACUGAAAGGUCCUACAAAACAUUGGGGUUUAAACACAGGUGGUUUAAUGGCACCAUAUUCUGGAUUUGCAUGACCUUUGUAUUGCAAAUUGCAUCUCUAGUUCAGGAUUAUUAUUAUUAGCCUAUUAGUGAUUGGUGGAUUUCUUUAAAAUUGACUGACAACAAGUGAUCUCUGGUCGAUUUUUAUUUCAUUUUUUAGAACUUGACGUCACACAAGCGUCAAUCGAGUACUCGUUCAUAUUUCCUCCUAGACUGGGUAUGAUAUUUUUUUCGUAGGAUAAGUCCCGGAUUCUCGCCUCUGAUUGGCUAGAAGGGCUCUCCUUUAAAUCGUGUUUCGAUUAGUCCUAGAUGUUUGCGGGAGUUUAUGGUAAGGAUUAGGGGUUAACCCAUUUGAACUACGCCAGUUGAUCGCGCCUCUUUUGACGGCAGCCUCCCCAGACCGACGCGCAAUCUACGAUUGCCAGGCUAAUUUCCUCCUAUUCCCGCCAACACUUCACGGUGGGGACCCAGACCUACUGAUACGUGGUCGUUUUCGCUUGAAAUCCUCAAUAAGGUAAAUUAAGAUUACCAUUGGUGGCAUUUAGUCUGCAGAGAGAGGGACACAUAGCUAACCAAAUGCUUAUGAACUUCUUGCAGUUUGGUACAACACCUUCUGCCAACUGCUACCUAUUAGAUUUCGCUACCUACUUCGGCGCAUGCGCAUGACAUGCGUAACAUUGUAAAAUACAUACUAUACCCCUGAAAUCUCCAAUAAAGACAUUUUAAUACAGCAUACAAUUAUGCUCCCCAUAUUCUUAUGUGUCAGGUAGCGUAUUUCAUCUGUAGACCAACUGCCUCUAUCAAACGAUGCUCCCACUACAGAAUCACGUUAUUGUACACCACUAACCCCAUGUAUACUGUAAGAAUAUGGGGAUGAUAAUUUCAUACUGUAUUAUUAUAACGUCUUUAUUGGAGAUUUCAGGGGUACUGUAUGUGUAUUUUACACCAAUACCACAACGCGGAAUCAAUAGCGUAAUCAUGCGCAUGCGCAGAACAGACCAGGAAGCACAAUAUGAUAGAAGAAAUUGGCAGAACACCCUGCUUGACGGAGUAAAAGAAGACAUGGCGAGGAACGGAAAGCUACGGGACCGAACUGAAGACGCUGGGAUCCACCAUUUAAGAGACAUCCGGAAUCAACAGGACAUCUUCACAACCCUGACUCAGCAGCGACAGUUGAGCCAGCCUCUCUGCAGCUUAAGGACAACUUCAGCUUGAUCGAAAACUGGGGGGCAAUUCGUAUAAUAAUAGGAUAAAAACACCAGAUUUGGUGUUUUAAGGUUUAUUAGUCUGAGGUUUAAUUAAUGUAUCAAAGCAACACAGCACUCGUGAUCGUGGGGUGGCUAUCUGGGCCACUCGACAUCAGAACCUUGAGUUUGCAGCCUCAACAAAACACCCGUGAUUAUAUCAUUGCCCAACCCCACUCUCACUCGCACAAUUUCAAAUUGCAUUGAUGACCUUAUUUCAGCCUUGGUUACCGAAUACUAAGAUUAAACUCAGGUUGAUUGUCAGUUCAGUCUUAUCCUGUGGGUCAGGCACUGCUGUUAUUUUCUUGUAACUUAAAAUUGCACUAGACAGCAUUAAUAUUAGUUUGGAUUGGAUUCUGAUUAGCAGUCACUGCUUUAGCUAUACUCUCCACCUCAGCCUCUCCACGGCCUUUAUGCUCAGUCCUGGUUGACCAAUGUAAACCUUCAAUGUGGUUUGUUCACUUGAAUCCGUGAAACGCAUGAAUUUUACUUCAAAUGUUUUGUUAAUAGAAAGAAUUGUCGUGAUUUGGUCUCUGUAUAUGCAUUUGAAAUAAAUGAUUCAUCAAUUCAGUAUCUGAAUAUAUUUCAUUUCUAUUUUUCAACAGGGUCAGAGUUUGUGGAAAUGAGAAUUGUUAUGUAGUUCUGGAUGGUCAACAUAGUUGAGCACAAAUAUUUGUUGUGGGAAUUGAGUCAUCACUAAGUAGUAAAUAAACAAUAAAAGUGGUGACAUUUUCUGAUUUAACCUAAUAUUUGUGUUGGACACAAACAGCCAGUGUAAUUCUGAAGUUUGAUAUCACGGUAAGUAAAUGACCACACCACUACGUAGCCGUGACAUUACUUGCAUUACCAAGUGGCAACGUUAGCAAAUGACCACACCACUACGUCGCAGCAACGUUAUUAACAGUACCAAGCGGCAACGUUAGCAAAUGACCACACCACUACGUCACGGCAACGUUAUUAACAGUACCAAGCGGCAACGUUAACAAAUUACCACACCACUACGUUGUGGCAACGUCACUCACGCUACAAAUGGGCAACGUUAGCAAAUGACCACACCACUACGUCGCGGCAACGUCACUCACGCUACCAAGUGGCAACGUUAGCAAAUGACCACACCACUACGUCGCGGCAACGUUAUUAACAGUACCAAGUGGCAACGUUAGCAAAUGACCACACCACUACGUUGUGGCAACGUCACUCACGCUACCAAGUGGCAACGUUAGCAAAAUUACCAAGCCACUACGUCGCGGCAAUGUUAUUUGUUUACUUUAUGGCAACUUCCUGUAGGCAACGUCAUGGCGAUGUUGCCACAACGUUGCCAGGAGGUAAUGUUGCCAUGACCAAAUGGCAACGUAUAGGCAACGUUGCCGUAUGGUCGUGUGUUAGCUGGGUACCGUGUGUUUCCCCUUUGCUCCUUAGAAAAAGCUCUUCUGUCAUUAUGUCCUUAAAUCGCCGUAUCAAUCCUUAAUGAGCUCCAAGCAAUUUACCAGACCAGCGAACAGUCAGGCACAGUUACUGCUAGCGGGUACCUACCUGGAAGUGGGCGGUACCCAACCAUAUUUGGAAUCCGUGUUUGGCGCAGUGAGUGCACUUACAGCCGCAAACCUUUAGGGGCGCAUCUUGGCACCCUCCCAAACACUCACACACCUACCGGUAAACGUGUGUUAUGGGCCAUGGCUAAAAACCACACAGGCACCUUUAGAAAAAGUUCCUGUAUUCAUUGUAAUGGGUUAUCCUUAUGGGGACCUGCUUUUUUGUCCCCACACUGCAAGAGGUCCCCAUGACGUAACUGUGUUUACAGAUUGAUGUCCCCAUGACGUGAUAAAGACCAGCACACACACACACACACACAAAAGUAGCAUAAAAGGAAACAGUAUAAUACCCCCCAACCCCUCUCUACAAAUCACCAAUCAACACAUUCAAUUCAGAAAUUAAAUUCAUUUCAUACAGGACUACUUGAUAGGCACAGAGUAAAUAAAAGUAAAAACAUGGAUUAAUUAGAAACAUUUAAACAAGAGAUAUAAAAAAAGGAAGUGAGGAAACAAUGUAGAUUUAAGGUGAGCACUAAAGAUGUGAAUAAAUAAUAAAUACAUUGGGGAUCUUUAGAAAUGGGUUUCUCUUGCAAACAAUGUUGUUACUCUGCAGAGACUAUCUCUGUGUUUAUUAGGCAUGUCAAGGAACACAGGAAUCUUGCUAACUUUAGAUUUUCUUGUGGGCUUGUUGGGUGUCCUUGUAGUUUUAGGACUGCCACUGCCCUUCAGAUUCACAUGGAUCGCAACCACUCAAAGCCCAAACCAGCUGUCAGCAGGUCUCCAAGAUGUAUUGAUCUGACCUGCCAUAUUGAGGGAUGUGCCUUCACCUCAACAAACUUUUCCAGCUUAUGUGAACAUUUGAAAUGGCACAUUAGAGAUGGCAAGAAAAUUGAAUGCCCUUUUGAAAGUUGCAAAAAUAAUUUCAGGGUGAGGUCUUCUUUCCUCUCACAAAUGAGCAGAAAGCAUUCAGCUGAGCAAGCAGCUUCUGCCGGCGGAGUGUCUGGUGAUAAUACCGACAAUCCUGAUGAUGGAAAUGGGAAUGAUUAUGGCACAGACCAUGCAGAAUUUGCUGAAAUUGGGGAGAGUUUCUCAAACAAAGAAGAUGGAGAUGUAUUCCUGACAAACUUAGCGCUCUUCUAUCUUAGAAUGCAAGCUAAGAUGCUUUUGCCAGCCACAACAAUCUCAGCUCUAAUUGAAGAGUUCCAAGAAAUCAAUUCAAAUGGAAUGGCACACAUACUGACUAUAAUAAGUCAAGAACUAGAAAAACUUGGGAUACCCAGAGAUAGAAUCAAUGAAAUACUGGAUGGCCUAUCAAAAGAAAAUCUACUGAAGAUGCACAAUGAGGGUGUUUUUCGCUCAGAUCAAACUAGAAAGACAUUUUUCAAGAGUAAUUUCAGUUACGUUGAGCCAACUCAGGUUUAUCUUGGAAUUGAUCCUAAUGGUAAAGAACGUUUCUGCCAGUAUGUGCCAGUUAAAGACACUUUAAAAGCACUUCUGAGCAACCCUAAAGUUUGGUAACAGUACAAUGCUACAAAGAUGCACUCUGCGGGAGCCGCACAUGUGUUAGAGGAUGUGCACGAUUGUAAGAACUGUAGAGAAAACCCCCUGUUACAGCAAGCACCAUCCUCUGUGUCAAUCAUACUAUAUCAGGAUGCUUUUGAGGUUGCAAACCCACUUGGAUCAGGCAAGAAGAAGCACAAGCUCCUUGCUGUUUACAUGACACUGGGUGAAAUACUGCCACAUAAUAGAUCCGCUAUAGACCCUGUGCAGUUGGUGCUUCUUUGCAGGGAAGUUGAUAUUCGCCAUUUUGGCCAAGAAAAAGUAUUUUCUACCCUAGUAGAUGAGCUUAAGGAGAUUGAAGAGUCUGGCAUUACUUUAAACAGUGGUGUGACCUUGCAGGGGGCAGUGAUAGCAAUCGUAGGUGAUAACCUGGGAUCACAUUCUAUUGGGGGAUUCACAGAAAAUUUCAGCAGAAGCAAAAACUUUUGUCGAUACUGCAGUAUAGAUACAGAAAGUUUUGAAAGAGAGCCCACAAAGCUUGGCCCAGUAAGGACAAAAGAAACCUAUGAAAACUGUGUUGAGGAGUUGUCCAGGGGUCAGGAAUUCAUGAUUGAGGGUGUGAAGUUUGACUCAGUUUUCAACUAACUUAAACAUUUUCAUGUGUGCCAACCAGGCCUUCCACCAUGCCUAGGGCACGAUCUUUUUGAGGGGAUUGUUUCCAAUGAUCUCGCGUUGUACAUUGAGAACCUGGUGUCUGUGGGAAAACACUUUUCGUAUACUCAGUUGAACAGAAGUAUAUCUAAUCUGAAAUUACAAGGAAGUGAUGCCAGUAACCGGCCAUGUGAUGUAAGGCCAAAAGGGCAAAAGUUGGGUGGGAGUGCUGCUCAGAACUGGUGCCUAUUGCGGCUUCUCCCAAUUCUUAUUGGUGAUCGAAUAAAGAAUCCCCUGGAAGACCAAGUCUGGUUGUUGUGCCUUAAACUUAGGGAGAUAGUGGAGCUUAUUUGUGCACCCAAAAUCCAUGCCAACCAGGUGGCCUAUCUUAACAUUCUAAUCAGGGAAUAUCUGGACUCUAGAGUGUCUCUUUUUCCAGACAAAUCUGCAAAACCAAAACACCACUACCUUCUCCACUAUCCAGACCUUAUCUUAAAAUUUGGUCCUCUCAUUCGCCUCUGGACAUUGCGCUUUGAAAGUAAGCACACAUAUUUUAAGCAGUGUGCACGAAAGCUCCGCAACUUUAAGAGUCUCGGUAGCACUCUGGCAGAAAGGCACCAGUUACUACAGGCCUACCUGCACAGUGGGAACAUUUUGCUCCCGUUCUCCAAAUUGAUCAGGCAAAUGCAUUUGAUAGUCAAAUCUACAAUGCAGCGAUUCAGCAAGCAGUGACGUGCAGGGGGUUAACAAAAGACACCACAAUGGAAACAGCAAGUGCCACAUACAAAGGCACCACACACAAAAAGGGCAUGACUGUUGUUUUUAAUCUCAAUGACAGUGGCAAUGUGCUGGGUAAGAUUGCUCGAAUAAUAGUCAAACAGGAAAAGGUGUAUUUUGUUUCGGAAAAAUAUCAGUCAGUUCCAGUUUUGGACUGUGCACUGUCUACAGUAGAGCUGUGUUGAAAAAAUCGAUUUUCCGAUUUUUAAUCGAUUCGCAUAUUAAUGACCGAUUAUCGAUU